UAUUUUUGCCAUGUUUAAAGGGAAAAGGCCUGGGGAGAAUCAGCAAGUGGAGAAAAUCAUUGGACACCCCUUUAGGUCUCUUCAUUCCUCAGAUCUUCAUCCCCCCCUGCUGCUGAAGAAAAAUGAUUCCGAUUGAAAUGAGUGGUUGACCCACUUGUGGUCGGUCGCUCCAAACUUCGCCUUGUGUAGCUUCAGUGUAAAGAUUUUAUUACGACAUGCAAUGUACUGUACUCAUAAUGUACCCAAACAUUCAUAUAAUUUUAGAAUAUUUAAAUCUAAGCAUUCGCAUUUCUCUGAAUGUGAUUAUAACCAGAGGAAUAAAAAAAGAACAGGAGUAGUACAUCGUCGUUGUGUUUAUAAUCUGUAAUGUGACGUCACAUUGUACGUAUGUAUUUAAAAGUUAUAGACGGGGAGGGGCCUGUUGCUCCCUCAUUUGGCUCCGCAGCGUCAUUAACGUGACAGAGGGUCGAAGCAGCCAAUUAGGCUUUGGCAACUGACAUCUGACGAAUUGCUACGUACCACCUUUGGACCAAUAAGGUUGUUGUUGUUGACGGAUUUGGCCAAUCACUGUCGAAAAGGCGGGCUCUUGUUCAAGACGCGCGAACGGUUAACUUACGAAGACGAGAAAAUGGCGAACUAAGAGUAACAUCUAAAGUAACAUUUUACUUGGAAUAGUUUUGUGGCAGUAAUAUGAGUAAAGUACGAUUAUUUUCAAAGGACGGUGGCGAUUGUGGGAGCGACAGAACCUGAAGAAAAUGUCUCGUUAUGUCAAAGUGUCGUGGUAGCGAAGAUGCUAGCUAGCAAGAAACGUCAACAUUAGUUUCGCUAAAAUGUCUUUUACACUAGACGGCGGUACAAUGAAGGGACCGAGUUGAGUAGUGAUGGCUCGUUGGGUACACUCGUAUUAUAAUAAUUUAAUGGCUUGUCGUCGAAGACAAUAGCCAGGCGCUGUUUGACGAGAUGGCUUUACACAACCUGUUUUUUGUCGUCGACCUGGAUUACGAAGAUCAACUAUCAAGCGAUCGGCUAGAAAUCGGGAGUCAUGUCUUGAAACGUGGCAUUUUGCAGAUUUUGCUGCACUUCGGAUUCCAGUAUGGCUUCGACAAAGUACGUUGGGGUUACAAAUUCUUCCAAUCCAAGACUGGCCGAGGUGCCGCCCUCAUAACGAGAGGCUCGGACUUCAAGGAGCUUCGCCAAAAAGCCUUUGAGGACUUCAGUGUGGAAUUCGAUGCUAAGUUUGACGGGAGAGAGAAACUAUGCGCGUCCCAGCAUUGCAGCCCGUCUGCCUCCGUGCAAAAUGCCCUCAAAGAAGUCCUACUCGAUUUCCAGUGGGACCGACCAGACAUCACCUCUCCCACGAAACUGUCCCUGAGGCCCAGGAAGACGAGUCGAGCUGCCCAUUUAUCAGAAGAGGAACACCUUACCAAUCACGCAAAAAAUGUGGUGUUUAUUGUGGCACAGUGUCCACGAAGCUGGACACAACUGGUAGAUUAUCUCUGCGUGAGGAACCUUGACCUCCAUGCUGAUGUGUCCGAGGACAUUUUAUCCAAAAGUAUCCAGGAUAUGCUGGUUCAGAGGCAGGUUGUCCUGCACUGGGUUGACAGUACAUCACAUGGAAAUGAGGUGCUAAGUGGGGACCAUUCGGGCUUUGACAAAUUAGCCCAAGUCUUGGCACAGGCGUGUGGCAAAGUAAUCCCCGCAGUCGCGCUGCUUCACCGCCACUGCACCGGGAAGCCAGACUGCAGUGAGAAUUUCCCGUUCCGGUCCAGUCUGGGAUAUUUGCUGUCUUCUGAAAGGCAGUACCGCCUUGCUUUUCCUGUCACGGAGGGCACUCUGCGACUGGACGCAGGUGGCGUCGCCCAGAGCUGCACUGUGACUCUAGAGCCGGUUACCUGCAGGCGAGGGCCUCUCGCCCCGGGCGUGAAAGUGUGUCUGAAAGGUGUGCUGCGGUGCUGGGACGCCUCGUUACUGUCGCACGCCUCCACAGAGUCGUGGCAGCUUCGGUGCGCCAACACCAGCGAGCAAGGUGCUGCUUCCUUCCAACGCACGCUGGUAGAGCUGGCUACUCAUUCGCUGCGCAUGUUUGCUGAGGUGUGCCAUAGUGGCCAGUCGUCUUUGGCCAUCCUCUCCCCCUUGUCCAACUCCUCUGCUCUGCUCGCCGUCCUCCAACCUUCCAUCGUUCGGCACCGUCACCUUGACAACACCGACAUUAUUUCCAGCAGCAGCGGCACAGCUGAAAUCUCAGCUGACCUUCCGGAAGUAGUCAGCAGUGUGCUGGGCGUUGUAUACGACAUGAUGGAGCAAGAUGAUGGCAGCCCCGAUGAUGAGCAGCCAAAUGUUCCUUAUGCGGUUCCCGAGUGGGCGCAGCAGGAGCUCGGUCGUGGCUCGCCGAGAAUCGGAUUGUGUGAGACUUGGUUUCCUCAUUCGGAUCAGUCGGGGGUCACUUCCCAUUUAAUGGAGUCAUUCAGGUUGCUUCACGCUGCGCCGGAUCCAAGCGAGGAGGAGGAGCUUCACUUCCAGACAGAGAUGAUCAGCGAUCUGGCAGAUCUCUAUCAGUCGUCAAAGAGUGGCGAUAACAAGAGGGGCAAGAAGCGAAGCACGCAGCGAACGCCGGUGAAGCAGAAAAUGAAGACCAUGAGCCGCUCCUUGCAGAUGCUCAACGUGGCGCGGCUCAACGUGAAGGCCCAGAAAAGCCAGGCCAACGCAGAGCCGGUCACGUCGAAGGGGAAAGGAGCGGACAGAACGGCGAAGAGACGCCCGAGUGGCAAGAGCAAAGCCGAAGGAAUUCCUUUGUCAGCCUUCUCCAGUGAAGCUGAGCUGCUGUGCCAUGUGCGCUCCUUCUAUGAGAAGAGCAUCGCGGAGAGGGACUCCUCUCUCCACGCUGGUGCUCAACAGCUUUUGGCUGCCGUAAAAACUUUCCUUGCGGCGGAAUCCGAGCAGCAGGUCAAGACCGUUGGGUUUUCCCAGCAGCAUUUUCUCAAGACCAGCGGAUCCAUCAGGCAGGCCUACGGCUCCACCGUGGAUGUGGAGACCAAAAUUCGAGAGUGUCAGCUCCAGGCUCUGCUCAGGUUGGAGUUAUGCAGACUUUUGUCCCCGGAGGAGGAUGAUGCUCUGGAUGAUGAACAGAUGGCAGAGGAGGUGGCUGAAAUGCUCCGAAUUAUAUCCCUGACAAAAGACCCGGCGUGCCUCGCAAAGUUCCUUCAGGAUGAAGUCCUUCCGGCGUUCUUGACAGCCAUCCCAAGGGUCCUCGCCGACAUUUACCACAGUCUGGGCACGCAGAUCCCCGAGGCCUUGGCGGCCGUCCUUCCUGCCGACUUCUUCAGCGACGAGUCGCUCACCAAGGACAGCAUUUCUCCGGCGGCCUCCUCGCCCUGCCUCUCUUUGCACGGCUCGCUUUCCAACUGCAGCGAUCGCCUGCAUGACCUGCGUCAUCGCUCCGCUACCAAGCGAAGGAGCAGUAUGCUGACUCGUCAUCGCAGCAUGACCGAAUCGUCGCAGAGUCUACGGCAGAUAGCCAUGCCCAAAAAGACAAGACGGGCUUCCAAAGCAAAGGUCCGUACACCUCCAGAGAAAGCGGCCGCAGUCCCGCAAGCUCAAAAGCAACAAACGCACGAAGUUACCAAAGUAAGAAGGAACCUGUUCAAUGAAGAGGUUGCGUCUCCAUCAAAGAAGAGCAAACUCCCACGCAGCCAGUCUGUCUCUGCGGUGGAGCGACUGAAACGCAAGUCGUCGCACAAGUCUGACGAGAGGCACAGACUCCUAACAAAGCAAGUGUGCGAGACCCCCCGCCACAAGCAGGUGUCCGAUCGGCUCCUUUAUCGACAAAAAAUGGGGCGGCAUGCGUCACCAAACACUUGCUCCGGCCUAAAUGAGGAUUGUAUUGUGGAAGAGUCGCCAGUAAAACCAGCAGAAGAGCUCAGAAGGAGCCCGAGGAUCAAGAGCUUGGCCAGGAGACACUCAAACACCUUCUAUCCAAGUUCCCAAGUGCGUUCCCGCAACCUGGAGCGGGCGCUGUCCGCCUCCCAGCUUCCGCCCAGCCAAGGCCCCGUCAGUGACGUUAACGUGAAAAAAGUUCGCUCUCCCAUGAGGCUUCUUUUUGGAGCCACCCAGUCUCCCGCUCGUCCUUCCACGGCGGGCUCAACCUGGACCGGCACGACUCGGCUGUCUACAGACUCCAGUGUCUUUCAGAGUCCCAACAAGACACCGGAAAAGACGCGUGGAAAAUGCAGAGAUUUGGGCAGCGCAUCUCCCAGAACGCCUCGAACCCCUAAAACUCAGUUUUCUUCCAGGCUACGCGGUCUACCCGGCGCCGAGAGCCCCGUCGCACAAACGGGUAUGGCCCUGAGGGGCAGUCCUUUCAGAUCUCCCGCCAGAAAGACUUUUGUGCCAGAGACGCCCACCAAGCAAAGUCCUCUGACCAGCCCGCUGAAGGGAAUUCUCAAGACUCCCGUCAAGACUAUGGAAUCGGCCUCUUCCUUUGGGUCACAUCCAACAUUCAGGACUCCCAAAAAGAUGGUGUCUUGGUCGCCGUCCCCACGGAGAAAAUUUAUGGUGCCAGACAGGAUGCCCACUUUCAAGAUGCCCGAAUCGCCCAGAUUGUUGAAGACGCCCAACAAGUUCAACAGCCCGCCGAAAAGCCCCGGCGAAAAAGCGGAGACUUUCCAGACCCCUGAGAAGACGUGUCCGCCUUCACCACGUACCUUUUCUUGUCAGGUGAGCCUAAAAAGGAUUUCACCAGAUGCCACGAGAAACUGGAGAGCAGAGACGGCGCCGCCUUUGCUGUUUUCACUGCUUGAAGAACGUAGCGGUACAGCUCACACCAGGACGCCCAGCCCAGUUCACCAAAUGGCGACUCGGUCCGGACGGACAUCUGAUGAAAGUCCAAAGACUCCCUCCCCCAGUAAGCAAGCGUCUGCAGCUUCGGUCGUCCGUACGUUUCUGUCUCCCAAAACGUCCCGGAGAAACGCCAGGUCUGCUCAAGUUGCUAGGACAGCCCGUAAGAACUCGAGACCCCGCAACGCGCGCGCCACAAAUGAGUCUGAAAGUGUUCAAAGGGCUCAAACUGAGACAAGUUGUGAAUCGGAUUCACGGCUAUUGGACUCGUCCGGACUCAACUCGGCCACGGACGACAGCAAUGACAUUGUGGACGCGUCGGUGGUGAAGACACAGUUCAGCGGAGGCCUCAAGAUGAAUAUUUGCUUUUGCCGCAAGCCGUCAAAAUCCAGCCAAGACGCUUGGACAGCCCCGCUCGAGUCUCAAGAUCCACCCGGUCGCAGCUACGGCUUCCGACAGACGCCCGACCGACAGCAGCGUGAAGCGGCUGCGCGUUUGGGCGACGCACUUCAUGCCUCCCCCAGGUUCUCCACCCCAAGAGGCACGCCCAGGCGUCGCCAGCCAAAAGGCAUGGCGUCGCCAAGAUCGCCUUCCUAUCACGUAGAAAUGGAGAUGCAAACGUCCGGGCUCCCCAAACUCAAAGUCAAACGUACCAACUCCAUGCACGUAAACGAUGUUCUCGCGGAGGACGGGCCUCAGAGCCCUCUCGUUGCUGUGAAACCAUCUCAGGCGGACAGCCCGUUGCCGUUGGUCCCUAAGCAGCGAGAUCCCGGUUCCAUCUCACCCUCCGUAUGUAGCCACGCUACCCCCGCUAAAGGCGGCGUGGUUCAGACCCACAUCUGCCAGUCCUACACGCCCACGCGCCAACUCGCGGGAACCACAUCGCCCAUGGCAAUUGCCGACGUCUUCCCCCUCUCCCCCUCCCCUCAAAGUGCGGGCAAGGUGACCCCGGACAACCUGAACAGCUGGCGCCGGAGGAAACGACCCCUCGUGGCUGCCGUCGGAGGCAAAGACCGCUGCCGGAAGGGUGAGCCGGUAGAGGAGGCGGAGCUCGGAGUGAGCAGGUUGUCGGAGGCGGAUGACCUGGAUGGGCUCGCCACUAAAACUACUGGUCAAGUUUGGACUUUGAAAGGAGCUCACUUUCCUGCGAUAGACGCGUCUCCUCCCUGUCCCGAGGAUGACUGGAUGGUGCCCGAUUCUCACCGAAAUGAAGAAGACAUGAUGUGGGAAGCUGCUGGCGGAGACGUCGCAUCCACCUUAGCCACACCUCCCGGCUCAGUGAAGCAGGUCACGGCCGGUGGGAUUCUGGCCCUCACUCAGUCCCCGAUGCUCUUCAAGGGAAAGCCGGCUUCGGCAAGCAGGAGAACACCUCGCUUGAAAGAUGAAUUAGCAGGCGAGCGGAGGAUGGCUGCAGCGGGUGACAAGGUCUCGGCCUUCAGCUUGCCCGCCAGACGUUCGGCCAGCAGGAAGAGGCUGCUUCAGUGAUGCUUUAGUUUUAAUCGCUGUUUUUAUGCAUGUAAAUUUGGAUGUAUUGAUGGACUGAUUGAGUUCAAUUUUCAAAUGUCUUUCAUGUUCAAAAUGUGAAACCGUUUUCCUCUGCCUCAUGUUGUCGGAGUUUGUCUAGAUGUUAAUUUAUUUGUUUUUUCAACGGAUUUUAAGUCAGGACAUGUUUAAAGCUUUUAUUUGUCAUAUGAAUAUUGUGAAUAAAUGCUGCUCUAAAAAGUUAAA